AUGGUUGAAGUAGACGGGAUUAAGACACAUGCACUGCUCGAUACUGGAGCAGGAAGCUCCUAUGCUUCCAGUAGUCUAACCAAUGCAUUGAAGAGAAAACCUAAAGCUGUCAAAACAAAACGAAUUGAAAUGAUGUUAGGAUCCACCACCACCAGAGUAGAAAUUUAUGCAGCCAGCAUAAAAUCCCUAGAUCAGAAAUUUGAGCUUGAAAUUGAAAUGUCAAAAGUUGAUAAACCUGAGCUAAUGAAACUCAACAACCCAAAUUAUGCCCACCUGUUAGAGAGAUACAAACAUUUGAACAGUGCAAAAUUCGAAGAUCCUGACACCCGUACACAAAUACCUGUACACCUUGUGCUUGGGGCUAGUGAUUAUGCCAAAAUUAAAACUACUACGGCUCAAAAGGUGGGGAAGCCGGGGCAGCCGGUGGCAGAGAAAACCCUCCUUGGUUGGACGGUGAUGUCUCCAGGGAAGGAGGAGGGUCCCAUCCUGUUAACUCAAUCCACUACUAUAGAUUAUGAGCAGUUAUGUGCAUUAGAUGUCCUCGGACUUCCGGACAGAAAUGAAAAUUACCAGAAAAUUGUGUAUGAGGAAUUUGAAGAGCAGCUUAGUAGAGAUCAAGCGGGCUGGUAUGAGACAUCAUUAACAUGGAAAGGGAAUCACCCCCCACUGCCAACUUAUGAGAACAGUAGCAAGCGUCGCCUAGAGCAGUUGCUUAAGAAACUUGAACGGAACGGACAGUACAAACAGUAUAAUGACAUUAUACAACAACAGUUAAAUCAGGGAGUAAUUGAGCUGGCACCUACCACUAAAACAGCAAAAGAAUUUUAUAUUCCCCACAAAGGCAUAGAAAGGAAGCAAGCUGAGACCACUAAGUUGAGAGUGGUGUAUGAUGCGUCUGCGAAAGAGAGCGGAUCCCAACCAUCCCUCAAUGAUUGCCUCCACCCGGGCCCCCCUCUGCAGAACCUGUUAUGGGACGUCCUUGUUAGAUCUAGAUUUUACCCCAUUCUGUUAACAGGCGAUUUGAAACAGGCCUUUUUGCAAAUCAGAAUAAAGGCCGAAGAUCGAGAUUCAUUGCGAUUUCACUGGAAAGAGACUGGGAACGAUGCAAUACAAAUCUACCGGUUUUUCGAGCCCUGUUUGGGCUGACUUGCUCCCCAUUCUUUCUCGGGGGAGUCCUUAAACACCAUCUGGAUGCUUGGGAAGAUCGCUAUCCCGAGAUAGUGAAGCAAUUACGCGAAGGACUGUAUGUUGAUGAUUUGAUUACGGGGGGUACCACAGUCGCAGAAAUCCAGACCCAGAAGAAGAAAACUAUCGAAGUGUUCGACGAUGCCACUUUCACAAUACACAAGUGGCACUCAAACGUACCUGAACUCGAGCCAAAGAAUCAAUCGCCAUCAGAGAUAAGUGAACUAACAUAUGCCAAAAGUCAACUGGCAGGGAUCGAACAGCCCGAUGGGAAACUACUUGGUGUGCCCUGGGAUAGGAAGCAUGAUACUAUUAGCGUGACCCUCACCACAGACGCUGAACCUGUAACUAAGAGAAGCAUCUUGUCAAAAUUGGCACGAAUCUACGACCCCCUGGGCUUGGCUUCACCAACCACACUGACCGGAAAACUUGUUUAUCGGAGUGCGUGCGACAGUAAAAUUCCAUGGGACGCAGACCUACCAGGGCCACUACGAAAGAAAUGGAAGGAAUGGAACGAAGCGCUCGAGUCCUAUACAAUCCCUCGGUCCUUAGCCUCAUACCAUCAACCAAUUCAAGAGAUCACCUUGCAUGGAUUCGGAGACGCGAGCUCAAACGGCGUUUGUGCAGUCGUCUAUGCAGUAGUCAAACAAGAGGAUGGAGUUACCCAGGGAUUGGUAUGUUCGAAGUCACGAAUAGCGAAGCGAAACUUGACCAUUCCACGUCUUGAGCUCAUAUCGGGACACAUGACUGUAAAUCUAGCCACAAAUGUUCAACAAGCUCUCACUACUCAUCCAGCAACUGUUCAUUAUUGGCUCGAUUCAUCCGUAGCUCUGUACUGGAUCAAUGAUCAAGGUGAAUACCGACAAUUUGUGGCAAACAGAGUACAAAAGAUUCGUCAGCACGAGAAUGUUACUUGGCAUCACGUUCCAACGGCGGAAAACCCAGCCGACAUCGGAAGUCGGGGAGGAAAGGUCUCUGGGAACACAUUAUGGAAAGAGGGUCCAUCAUGGUUAAACAAUCCUGCAGAAUGGCCAGUUCAACGAGUUCUGGAACCGACACCAGAUAGCAAAUCAGAAGCGAAAGUGAUUAAAGAAAUCUUCAAAGCUGCGUACAUUGAAGAAGACAUCAUGGAUCUACUACUUGAUAAAUAUCCUUUACCGAAAGUGCUACGAAUUGGAGCGUGGGUUCGACGGUUCAUUCUGAAUUGUAAACGACAACCUGCAGAGAGAGAGAAAGAGAGAGAUCCCAUCAACAGUCGCGAGGUUCAACAACAACGAGAAUGGUGGAUACGACGGGCCCAAGACGCAGUCAAACACGAUGCACGAUAUUUAGCCGACCGAGAGCGAUUAAACCUACAGGAGAACAACCUCGGAAUUCUGGAGUGUAGAGGCAGAAUUAUCGGAGAAUAUGUGCGUGGUCUUCGUGAGCAACACCGAAUGACUAGACUUCGAUCAAUGCAACAUCCCAAAGUUGGAAGUAAAGGAAGAUCAAAAACCAAGAAAUACCUGGAAACUUGCCAUAGUUAAGCAACUCAUCACGGGCAGAGACGGUGUAAUACGGGCAGCUAAGCUUAAAACUGCUGGUGGUAAUAACUACCUGGAACGCGCGAUACAACACUUGUUCCCGUUAGAGUUACAAUGCGAUAAAGAGAUUGCCACUCGUCUAGAUCCAGAUGCACAAGAGUUCACACCCAGACAGAAGCGAAAUGCUGCAGCAGCAGCUACGUUACGCAUAAGAGACAUUGCAGAGGAUGAAAAGGAACUUUAA